AUGAUCCCCCGACAAGGCUAUGCGCCCACACCGCAUAGCUACGUUCCCAAUACCAGCUUUUCCGCAACAAUCAACCUAGACGAGGAAGUCAAGCUCACCAACACCCGCGCCGAGCGCGAUCUCCAAGACUCUCUCGCCGAACUCUUCAGCAUCAUCGUCACGCUAGAUGAGCUCGAGAAAGCGUUUCUAAAAGACGCCAUCCCCGAAGCAGAGUACACCGAAAUCUGCGAACGCUCCCUCCGCCAGUACAAAGCCCUCCUGGCGGACGAGACCAUUGCCGCCGAGUUCCAAGGCCUCGAGGAAUUCAAAGCAAAAUGGGAUCUCCAAGCGCCCCGUGCCACUGAACGUCUCCGCGUCGGCAUGCCCUCCACCACCGUGACCGCAUCAUCCGGCCCCGGUCCGCAGGCCUCCUCCGCCGCCAACAACACCAGCGGCGUGCUCAUCCUCGAAGCGACCCAGGAAUUCAUCACGUUCCUCGACGCCGUCAAGCUGGGCAUGCUGUCAAAGGACCAGCUGCACCCGCUGCUGUCCGAUGUGAUUCAGUCGGUGAACCGGGUCACGGAGCAGGACUUUGAGAACAGGGGCAAGAUUGUGCAGUGGCUGAUUACGCUGAACCAGAUGAAGGCUUCGGAUGAGCUGAGCGAGCAGCAGGCGAGGGAGCUGGAGCUGGACAUUCAGCAGGCGUACCAGGGGUUCAGAAGGACAUUGACCUGA